UAGCGGCAUCAAUCGAUGGGGAUAUUGAUGUUAUUUUAGAAAGUAUCCCAUAUGCUGUUAUUGACUGUGUAAUUAUAGGAAAUAUUAUUUUGUAGUUAAUAAACUUCAUUAGAGUCUAUGGCCACUUAAGUUAAAUGUGUAUCAAAAAAUUUACGCUUCACUCUUCAUCUUUUUCAAUUUUUUUACGACAUUUCUACAGGCAACGUUUACAAAAUAUAGAUGCAGAUAAUACAAUUUUUGUGCAGCAAAAUGCUAAUAAAAAUCAAGACAAAAGUUGUACAGAUGCUACUGAAUGCGUGAAAAUACAUAAUAUUAUUAUUGAAUUUGUAGAUCAACUUAAUUCUACCUUUUCUGUUGGACUUCUAUUAUCAAUUACCUUAUUCACGGUUGUUUUAAGUUUUUCAUCAUUCGUGGCUCAUGAUUAUCGACAUACUUCGAAUGUUAUGAUAACAUUCCUGGUUUUGACAUUGGCUGAGAUUUUUCAACUAUUCAACAAAUUUUUGCAAUGUCAAACAUUAAUUGAUCACAGUAUCUUGUUUAGAAAGUCUAUAUAUGAUGCUAAUUGGUAUAACGCAUCAUCCAAAACAAAAACAAUUUUGUAUCUUAUGUUAAUUAGGUCGCAAAAAAUGUGUAAAAUAACAGGAGGAAAAUUUUUUGAUAUGUCUUUUAACACUUUUGCAAGGAUUUUAAUUAAUGCUGCUUCAUAUUUCACAGUUAUAUCAUCUGUAAAAUCAUUAUAAAAAAUUAUAAAAAUUUAUUAAUUAAAAUGAUGUAUAGUUAAUGUUGCAAUUUAAGUUUUGUAAAAUAAAAUUUUUAUAACGUUAUAAAUUUGUUUCUACUUGUAUAAUACAAUUACAGUAAGAAAAGGAUGUAAAAAUAUUGUUUAAGGAUAGGUCAAAGUCCUCAAGCAGCCGCGGUGUUUAAAGAAAAUUUUUACGUUAGUAAUGUUAUGUCAUAUUUUAAAUAAAUAUUAAUUUUAUCUAA